AGACCUUUUUAAUGGGACAAGGAAGGGGCAGAGGUGGCAGUUCUACUCAAUCUCAAAAAGGGGAGGAGGUGCAGAAAAUUACACUUAGUACCAGCAGCGAGCAGCGGCUCCAGGCAGAGAUGAACCCUGGGGCUCCUCCCAGGGCUGGGGGAGUGCAGGUUGUGUCCCCCUCGCGCCCCUCAUUCCCUUCUCCGGGGGCAUGCUGUCAAUCCCAGACGGUAGCUAAACCCUCCAUCUUCGAUUGGCGAUAGUUGCUGAGGAAACAUUUGAAGAAUACUGGAUAGAGUCAAAGUAUUAGCCUUCCCUCGGCAACCACACGUGGGGCAGGCCAGGCGGGUACAACGGAUGUCCGCGUCACCCCCACCGGCUCUGCGCCAGGGCGUCCUUCGCGGUUUAUGUGCAUCCCCGCUUUCCGCAAAAGCUGCUCUCCCAAGGUCACGCAGCAGCCCCGGGAUGGGGCCGGCCCUGCAACCGCGCGCUGCCUGCAGCCCAGGGCCAGUGACCCCAGGACCAAGGAGGGGACGUCCGCUGGCCGCGGGCUGUGCGCGGGGAGCUAGUGGCAGCCCCGCCCACUCCGAGCGGGGAUGCUCGGAAGCCCCGCAGGCAGCCCGGAGAGCCCCGAGUCCGGGCCGCGACCCGCUCUUCUCGGGAAGGUCCCCCGCAGAGGGGGAGUCGCGGGCCAGGGGCGCGCGCAAGGACGAGACCGCAGAGCCGCGCACGCGCACACGCUCGCCCGCCGCCCAGGAGCAGACGGAAGGGAUGGAAAGUUCCAGCCGGUUCGAGAGCCGUAGGGUUGGUACAGUAGGCUUCACUAGACUUAGCUGCAACUCAGAAUUUCUCCUCCAGCACCUGAGUAAAUGCUGAUGGUCUUGUGGAGAGUGGA